UCCACACUCUUUUGAACUAGAGCGGGAAGAACGAAAACAGCUGCACAAAUUUUGAGAAAGAGCAAAGUUAAAGUUUGUUGUGUUUAUUUUCGGGAAACUAGUAAUAUUGCGUGAUUUUCCGAGCUAAAUAGCUCAAUACAUAUCCCACUUUUAUGGUUUUGCUUCUCAGUUGUAAAAGUGUAUUGUUUGUUUUAGUUUGGACACAGAAUGAUUGGUAUCAACCGACUUGUCUCCCUUGGUGUGACUUUCUGCAGGAGUAGAAGUGUUUCUACCUUGGUAAAUUCAAGUUCCUUUGCCACCACUAGAUCUUCUCUCUUCCAAAAGGACUUUAGCUGCAAUCGACGAAGUUUUCAGACAAGUUCUUUUACCUGCUGCAGCACUAAAAAACCGUCGGACAAAAAUGCGUCUGAUAGUGAUGACGAUGGUGUGACAGCUUACUUGUCAACUAAAUAUAAAAUCCUCAGCGAAGAUAACGCACCUCUGAUACUGGAUUUAGAAUUGGAGAGGAAAAAAGCAGCGGACGAAAGUACUCAAGAAGAGACUUUUGAAAAAACUCAAAAGCAGGAAGAAGAGGAGGAGGAUGAAUUUUCCCGUUUUGAUUUAACAAGAGGAGUGCGCGGUGUUUAUGACAUCGAACAGCUGGUUGAUGUUCUACACUCGGAAGGGGCCAUCGACUUGUUCGUUUGCAAAAUUCCCGAAGAGCUUUGCUACGCUGACCAUAUUGCCAUCAUCACUGGUAGAUCUGUCCGUCACAGAAUUGCUUUGGCUCAGCUCGUGAGGAGGGUUUAUAAGAGAAAGAGGAAUACCAAUGAUAUUGUGCCAAGAAUAGAAGGAGAGGCUGACAGUGGGAAGGCUGAGUGGCUCGCAAUGGAUUUAGGAAACAUAAUUUUGCAUAUUUUUGCAAGAAAUGCCAGAGAAAAGUAUGAUUUGGAGUCGUUGUGGAGUCUGGGUUCCAAACAUGAUGUCCAGAGCAACCAGAAAAACGACGAACUUUUAGAUUUGUUAGCGAGCAGCGAAUUGUACUUGGAAGACUUGGAGCCAGCUGAGCCGACUAUUUCCAGCAAAGAAAAAUAAUAAAUUAAAUUGAGAAUAAAAUGUAAUAACUAAUAAUAAAAAUUAAGAUAAAGCGGCAUAAUAGUAGAUCAAAGAAAUUAUUAUAAAAAAUAGAGGUCAAUAAAUAACUGCUUUUUUCUAUGAAUAAA